AACGCGCGUGCUCGUCCCGCAGCCUUCGCGAGUUCUUCGACUCCCUCGUAGUUCGUUCCAUAAAGGAGGUAACGAAGCGGCCUUAGGAUGAUUAAUCCCCAGUGUCGGAUCCUGACGAGGACGCUACUCCUGCUCCUCGCGUCGACGCUCGCCGUCCACGGGGCCGAGCCGUCCGCGUUGUCCCCGGCCUCCGAGCCGUCCGGCGUUUCCGGCCCGGAUUACACGGGCCCGUCGGCCGGCUCGGACGAGUGCGAUCCAGAAAUGGUGGGCUUCGAGCUCAUCACCGGAUACGUUUACACCGCGCCCACGAACAUGCUCGAAUCCAUCCCGGGCACCCUCAUGCUCACCGACUGUCUGGAAACCUGUCAGGCCAACGACUCCUGCCAGGCGGUCAACUACGAGACCGGCCUCUGCGUGCUCUUCAGCUCCAACGCCGACAAUAAUCCAGGUGCACUGUCUCAAUCCCAGUUCCCGGUGUUCACGAUCUACGCGCAGAAGAGCUGUCUGGGAGUGAAACCCUGCGAGAGGGCUUGGUGCAUCGACAGGGUCCAGGACCACCAUCUUCAUGGCCACGCCAGGAGAACGACCACCACGUCGUCGCGGCAGCAUUGUUUGGAGCUCUGCCUCGGCGAGAGGGACUUCCUCUGCCGUACAGCAACCAUGGAACCUAGUCGCCCCAACAAAUCCGGUGGAGCAGCUAUGGAACCAUUUCCUUUCGAAUUUAAUGGAACAACGAUGAAACCGACCUAUCCCACUAAAUUCACUAAAAUAGUCAUGGUACCAGGUCACCCCAUCGAAUCCAUUGGAACAACCAUGGGAUCACACUAUCCCACUGAAUCCACUAAAAUAGCCAUGGAACCAAGUCACCCCAUCGAAUUCAUCGGAACAACCAUGGAACCGCACUAUCCCACUGAAUCCACUAAAAUAGCCAUGGGACCAAGUCACCUCAUCGAAUCCAUUGGAACAACUAUGGAACCACACUAUCCCACUGAAUCCACUAAAAUAACCAUGGAACCAAGUCACCCCAUCGAAUUCAUCCGAACGACCAUGGAACCAAACUAUCCCACUGAAUCCACUAAAAUAGCCAUGGAACCAAGUCACCCCAUCGAAUCCAUUUGA